AUGCGACACCUGUUGAUAACCAGUAUACUUGCGCUGGCAUUAGCGACACAUGCACAAGCCAGUAGUUUGUUUCAAACCUCAUUUAUUAGCUCACAUCAGCAAUUGGAAGACGACAUCUACCAAGAACUCAAUCAGCUAUUGCUCAGUAAGGAAGAUGACCCCAAGAAUCCAGAUGAUGCGGCCAAGAACUGCAAAUCUUGUAUCAACCUGCUCAAAAUGACAAAACGAUUUUGUUAUUUUCCUGAAUCGAUUCAACUAGCUGCAAUGACAAAUGUCUGCAAACGAUCAAAACAAGUGGAUAAUCAAGUUUGCGAAGGCAUGGUUCGAGAGCAAGGACCUGUCAUUCGUAAAGUUUUAAGGACUAUGGACAUAUCAGGAAGAGAUGGACAUUUGGCAUGUGCCUCCGUUUUGAAUGCAUGCCCGUAUCCAGGCAUUGAGCCAUGGAAGGUACCUUUUCCAAAGAAAAAGCCAAAACAUCCACAUGUGCAUAAACCAACAAACAAAACAAUGACCGUCCUUCAUCUCAGCGAUUGGCAUGUGGAUCCUUUAUACGAGGAAGGAACAGAGACUCUUUGCGAUAAGCCUAUAUGCUGUCGAAAAGAAUCAACAGAUUUUGACAAUAUCCUGAACUCGGCAUCGCCCUGGGGAUCUUAUGGAUGUGAUUCGCCACUCACAUUGAUUGAAUCCAUGCUGGAAUAUAUACCUACUGCUUCACCCAAUACAUCAUUUGCCAUCUUGACUGGCGAUAUCCCGCCGCAUGAAGUGUGGGAGACACUACCCACAGAGAAAACACAGAUGAUUCAAGAUGCUUCAUAUGCUUUGCUGCAUGCUCACUUUGAUUCACCUUUUCUCAUUAAUACCAAGCUGUAUCCAGCUAUUGGGAAUCAUGAGUCUGCACCGACCAACCUGUUUCCUCUCGUAGAUUCAAAUUUACCAGGAGGCAAGAGACACGACGACCUCACCAUGGAUUGGUUGUACGAGUCUUUUGAAGAGAAUUGGAAGGGAUGGCUGCCAAGGAGGCAUCUCAGUCGUGUACAUAAAAAUAGCGGUAGUUACAUCAGUCAUCCCAUGCCCGGUCUAAAGCUGAUUAGCCUCAACACCAAUUUCUGCUACAAUCUCAAUUGGUGGCUCUACGAACAUCCCACAAAAAGAGAUCCUAACGGUAUACUGAAAUGGCUCAUUAGUCAUCUACAAAAGUCUGAAGACGUGAAUGAAAAAGUGUGGAUCAUUGGACACACACCACCUGGUGAUUCUUCGUGCUUUCAUGAUUACGCAAACUACUAUUACCAAAUUGUAGAAAGAUAUGCUCCUCAUGUCAUUGCUGGCCAGUUUUUUGGACAUACACACAGAGACGAGAUCCAAAUCUUUUAUAGCCGUGCUUCUCAAAAGUCAAAAGACGCCAUCUCGGUCGCUUAUUUAGGACCAUCAAUUACCCCCUUCCCCAACCUGAACCCUGGAUUCAGAACCUACACGGUAGAUACAGGAACUUUUGAAGUAGUUGAAUCUCACACUUUUAUUGCUGAUUUGGAUAAAUCAAUCGCUUGGGAUCAAGAGCUCAAUUGGCACAAGGAAUACUCGGCGAAUGAGCUGUAUGGAUCCAGAGAGAAUCCAUAUAAACCACUUUCAGCUAGCUGGUGGCAUCAUGUCACUCGAGAAAUGGAACUGGAUGGCGAAAAGUUUGAUUUAUAUUGGUCAAAUCGAUACAAGUCAUCUCCCAUGACACCCGAAUGUGAUGAGGCAUGUCGUAUCAAUACGAUAUGUGGCAUGCGUGCUGGCAAAUCAGAACUGAGGUGCGAUUACGAUGCUUCAGAGUCAACACCGAGACCCGUUAUUUUAGAUAGAAAAGAAGAAGAAGCUUGCGGUUUAUCACUGCUUAAACGAAAGCAUCAUCGUUAA